CUUGAGAAAGUGACGUCCCGUUUAUACCCGGAAGUCAACAACCCUGCCUGCUUUUUUUUUGUACCGGGUGUGCUUCCAUCUGUUGAAAAAUGUUGGCCAAUAGGUGGUUCGCCAGGUCUGCGCAGAGCGCGAUCGGAUUUCCUCGACCGUCCAGAGGGUACGCGUCCGCCUCGCCAACUGCAGCGUUUACAGGGAAUAGAGAAAGCAAUGGAAAAUACAAGGUGACACUGAUCCCAGGAGACGGCAUUGGUCCGGAGAUCAGCGAAUCCGUGAAAGACAUAUAUGCAGCAGCAGAUGUACCCAUAGAAUGGGAAGAAGUCAGUGUCACGCCUGUCCUUAAAGGCGGCAAGACGGUUAUCCCGGACGCUGCUAUCAGCUCAAUCAAGAGAAAUACUGUUGCAUUGAAAGGUCCCCUGGCUACACCGAUUGGCAAGGGCCAUGUUUCCCUGAAUCUGACCCUGCGUAGAACCUUCAACCUAUUUGCAAACGUCCGGCCUUGUGCUUCUAUUAAAGGGUACAAGACUCCGUACGACGACGUUAACACUGUUCUCAUCCGUGAAAACACGGAGGGAGAGUAUUCGGGUAUCGAACACGAGAUCGUCGAUGGGGUGGUCCAGUCUAUUAAGCUCAUCACUUGGGAUGCUUCUGAGCGCGUCGCUCGUUACGCUUUCCACUACGCGCAAGCUAGUGGAAGAAAGCGAGUUACUGCUGUUCACAAAGCGAAUAUUAUGAAAAUGUCUGAUGGGAUGUUCUUGUCGGCAUGCCGGCAGGUGUCGAAAGAAUUCCCUGAUGUUGCCUAUGACGAAGACCUGCUAGACCGAGUAUGCCUCCAGGUUGUACAAAAUCCUCUACCAUUCUCCAACCGUGUCAUGGUCAUGCCCAACCUUUACGGUGAUAUUUUGUCGGACAUGUGCGCCGGUUUGAUCGGUGGGCUUGGCCUUACUCCUUCGGGGAACAUCGGACGAGACGCUUCUAUCUUUGAGGCAGUUCAUGGCUCUGCCCCGGACAUUGCAGGCAAGGGAUUAGCCAAUCCGACAGCCUUGCUGUUGUCUUCUCUUAUGAUGCUAAGGCACAUGCACCUGAAUGAGCAUGCAGCUAAGAUUGAGAAGGCUACUCUGGACACCAUCGCCGAAGGCAAAUCUAUUACCGGUGACCUUGGGGGUAAGGCGACGACGAAGGAGUAUACGACGGCAAUUAUUAACAGGCUAGGCCGUACUACGUGAACAGCAACGUUGCCCCUGUGUUAGUACAUAAGUAAUAAUGCAAAGCACAUCAUUACUUG